AUGCUGCCUGUUUCGCUCUCUCGACAGUUAUUCUCGACCGCAGCAUCGUCUACUCGAGCCUGUCAGUCCUCCGUGUCGCGUUCCGCGCCCGCAUCCGCAUGCGCAUCAUGGGAAUACGUUCGCAGAAGAACAAGCCUAGUACGACCACCUAAUCGAGGCAGCCAAAUCCAGAAUUAUCGUCUCGUCUAUCCUAAGAACACCCUUCGACGGUCCUUUUCCACGACAUCGGCCGCGUUCUCUGAGCCCUCCUCGCCCUUCCGACUUACCUCCUCCAAAUCAUCAUCCUCUUCCUCCUCCGCAGAAAGCCCGACGCAAGCACCGUCUGAAAGAGAGUCGAAAUUCGAUUAUGAAGGUGCCAGCGAUGAAUACUACAGCCCCUACAAGCCCAAGCGACAAUGGCCGCCGGACAUGUCCAAGCUCUCACCCAAGCACCAGUUCCGACUGGAGCGGAAGUACCGACGCCGAGCGGCCCUCAAGUACGCACGGCCCAAGUGGGUGAAGGCGACGAAGCUGGUGCAGUGGGGGAUAAUUGGAUUCGUCCUGAUAUACGCGGUUCUCUUCAUGGAUUGGGAGACGGAAGACCAUCCGUUUGAAGAGCUUGCUGGACGGAUAUCUAUCUCUCUGUCAAAUUCUCUACCUAGGUAA